GGUAUAAGUUAAUUUUGUCCAGCUCAGCAGCAGCAGCAGCCUGCCUGCUGUCCGUGUGUCUGUCUGUGUGUGUCUGUUUGUGUUGCCCUGUGUGCAUGAAGAGUGUGUGGGAGCAGAGGGACGUGUGCUCAGGUCUUUUUUAAACAAAGAACCUGGACACUGAGGGUGAAUGUGUGUGUGUGAUGUGACGACUUUGGACUUGAAUGAUUUGCACUAUUGAAAAAAAGGUAGUCUGUUUAUUUUGAUUUAUCCAAAAGCAACAGCAGAAACAAGCACCGUGUGGCUUCGCUGCUUUACCAAACCUCGACUCUCUGCUUGUUUCAUGUUCUUUAGUAUCUAGUUGUAGUUUAUACUUGAGAGAAGAUGUCCACUGAGUGCCAGAAGACCACUGCCAAGGCCAUCCCGUCGACCAGGAGGGUGGCCGUCAACGACGCAGCGCACAUGCCCCAUGACUAUUCCACCACUCCCGGAGGAACCCUGUUCAGCACCACCCCGGGCGGUACGACCUGCUUUUUAACUCUUUAUUUAAUCUAAAAAUGUGAAGAUAACAUUUGCAUUAAGUUUCUGUUGAAAUGCUCCAUGUUGUCUGUGAAAUAGCUCAGUUGUCAGAGAGCUGCACUCAGGUGAACUCCAGGUCUCCUACCCUCAUUCACCUCUCUCUGCUAACUGCUAACUCUCCGUGUUUGUCUGUCAAUACAGAGAAAAUAACUUCAGAUACAGAUACAACAAACUCCAUGUGACUCCUACCGAGAACAUUGUGAACGCUCACACCCUAGUUUUGUCAUUAUUUGCUGUCUUUGUGUGGUUCAUUUGAGUUUAACCAGCUGAUGUGUGAAUUGAAGCGACACCUACUGGGCGCUGAUGGUACUGAUCCUCGCGGUGGUCAUUGACGUCUCAGUCAGUGAUUGGUUGUUUGCAGAGCUCACUGCAAGCGAAAACAUCAACAUGUAGGCCACAAGAGAAAAUAUUAUAGGGGAGAGUGGGGUAAGUUGAUCCACCCUCUGUUGGUCAAAGAAAUUGAUCAUGUGACCAAAUAUUUAGGAGAUGGGCAACAAUUCAUGGAGUCUGUGAAGGUGAGAAGCACAUGGGUGAAGAGGUUAGACAUUUAUUUACAAAAAAACAUAAUUUUUCACUCUUGAAAGUGAAUUUAGUCUGUCAUAAGUUUGAUUAGAAUUGUGUUCAGACCUAAAAGAUCAUAUUAAAUUAGUUUUAUACAUCAAUUGUGGUAUCUAUGAGCUACAACAUGAGGUCAAAAACCUACCAGAAGUCCACCAUUUUAGCUUAGAGGACUAAUAAAGUCAUCAUAGUAGUUCUGGGGUAACUGAGAAAGUAAAGGAGUCUGAUGAGAGGAUCAGAGUUUCAGUUCAGAUUGUUGAAAUGUUUGACUUGAACAUCCUGAAAUAUAUUCAGAUACACUAGUUAGAGACAAAACUAUGAUUGACUUGAUUUAGUGAUCCGAAAUAUGAAAAAUGGCUCAUCUUACCCCACUCUCCCCUAUUAGACCCACUAAUUCACUAUCUUAAAUUACACCAAUCUCCAAAAAUAUUGUACUGUGUGAACAUAAAUGCAAUAAUCUGCAUGUACCCCAAAGCCCUAAAAGACCAAGAGACUGAUUUUGAGCCCCUAGUAUAACUUUUUUUUUCUGCACACCUGAAACUGUGCAACAGCUUUUGUCCAAACACCCAAAACCAUCAACAGUUUAAGUUUGGGAUGGAUUUUAGUUAUCUUAAGUAUUAUUUUGGUCCAGUUAACCUUCCUCCUGUGUAGCUUUUUCUACGCACCCACUAUGUUAAGGGUAUGUUAAGUAUCUUUUGUUUAAAUACUCAUAAUUUGUCUGUUCAGACUGUGAAACCUAAACUAGCUGUCUUGGAGUAGUGUAUAGAUUAAUGGGUGACAUAUUGCACUCAGAGUUUAGAUUAAAAUGCUCCUUUCCUCGUUCUUCUUGUGGGUAUUGCAACGGUGGCCUCUAUGGACAUAAAGCUGCUGUGAUGGACACAAAAGACUAAUUUAAAGUAAACUAAAACAAAAGGAUCUCUAUAUUCAGGUGUUAACACUCUAUUUUGAACAUACUUAUGGAGAUUAUUUCCCAUUUCUACCAAGUCUACUCUGCUGUAUGCCACUUUAAUAUACACACCGCUCCUUUAAUUAGCACAUGCCUGUUUUGUUUUGACACCACCACUAAAAUCUUGUGGUAAUCACGCUGAGCUUUCUGAGUGUAUGAGCGGAAUAAUGGUGUCAGGUUAAAAUAGAUCCUCUACACUGCAUGAAUAUGUGAAAUAAUGACUGACUUUCCACCAGUGGAGCGCGAUAAAAACAGCCCAAGAUCAUUUGUCUCUUUCUGUCUUCACCCACAAGGUACCAGGAUCAUCUACGAUCGGAAGUUCCUGCUGGAGCGCCGCAGCUCCCCGGUGGCCAAAACUCCUCCGCAAGGUCUGCCCAACAUUCCUGGUGUGACCAAUCCACCCCCCCAAGAUGCCAACGAUAAAGCCCAACUACUGAACAAGAACAACAACCCUGUGCCUGAAAGCAGCCACACCGGUAUGUCCGCACCUCCAAAGAAACACUGAGAUCGAAGGAUACUGUGUUCAGAUGAUCAUCCAAACAUAGAAAACCAAACAGAACCUGUGAUCACUGAAGUCAGCUGUUCCUCAGUUAGCUGAUAACCAAUGAGGCGCAAGUGAUGCAUCCAUUCUGUUUACCCGUUACAGAAGCUGCAGUCAAAAUUUACAUCCUGAUUUCCCAAAUAUGUCACCCUGAAAGUUGUUAUUUCUGCAGGUUAAAUCGCUGCAUCACAACGACAUAGUGUGACAUACUUUUGUCAGCACUGGUUUAGAUUGGUUAUCCUGAAAUUAAAAGCUUUGAGCAGCAAAACAUCAGAUCUAUUUCUUCUUGAAUGGAGUCUGUGCUGAAUCUCCACAUGUUGGAUUUAUACAAAUGUGCUCAUAAAAGUCCUUAAAAAAAAGGUUAAAAUCUAAAACUAAACUCUCACAGUUUAUCUUCCUUAAAGGGAUAUUCCGGUGUAAAAUUAAUUUAGGGUCAAACACACCAUAACACUGAGUUAGACACCCCAUUGAGAGAUAAAUGUUGCAGACCGCUUGCUUCAUCAACAGUACAUAUAGGGUCCCAGCCAUAGCGCUAGCCACCAAACAUCUUUUUAACUUUGCCUAAUUUCUUAAACAAAGAGACUAAACACAACUCACCUACUCUCUUCCAGCAGCUACUUGUUUGUACAGAGAUCUCAGGCCAGUCCAUUACCGCAGCAGGGGGACAUAGUUCAAGGAAUCUAUAGAGCGGCUUUUUGGUUUAGCGUGUGGCUCCUGGGACCGCUGUGUAUUGCUAUCCUGCGGUCGUUACUAAAGUUGGAUUAACUAGAGAAGCAAGCGGUCGGCAACAUUCAUCUCUGGAGGGGGUGUCUAACUCUGUGUGUUUGACCCUAAAUUAAUUUUACGCCGUAACAUCCCUUUAAUGCUCGUGCCUCAAAAUGAACAACAGGAGAAAAAGAGACCACCCCAAAAAAAAAACCACUAUUCUGAUAUGAUUUUUUUUAAGCCCAUUACAGCAGCUGUGGUUUAGACGUACAUCCUCACCACACUGACAUUACUUGAAUUUUAUGCCACUGUUUAGUCCACAGGGGGAAAGAAAUCCACUGAAACCACAAAAUUUUUACAGGAGCUUCAAAUCAUCCAGUUAGUAAAUGAUUAACUUUUCUUUUCAGGUGAUGACGCACAAUUCGAAAUGGACAUCUAGAUGAUCCUGGGGUACGAGAAACAGUCUGUGGCUUUCCCAACAAGAACCUGUGAAGAGAAGCGAAGGAGCACUGUCUCUUUUCCGUCACCCAUUCCACGAGGACAGAGGUCUGCCCUCAGUGUCUUUGAGUCUGUAUCAAGCCUUUUUGUUUGUUUUGCCGAGUACAAAGAAUUAUUAUUUUUUUGUCUGCCUAAAAGUUUAAACUUGAAUAAUGUGUGAAAGUGUGCCUUCCUUUAGUGGCUGGAAGUUUAAAGUCAACACUAAGACGACUUCGACACCAACUGAGCCUAAUCCCUGUUAAAUUCAGUGAAAAGACUUUAAAUCUGCAGACUUUAUGACCAUUCCAGACGAUUUUGAUAUCCGUGCAUUACCAGACACCUGUAUUCUGAUACUGCCUUGAAACCGUCAAGAUUAUUAACUGAUUGUGCUGUUUUUGAAUAAACUCACACAUUUCUUAAUGAAGAUUUAAACAGAUUUUCACAAAGUUUGUAGACGGAAAAAUCAUUAAAGCAAGAGAAAUGAAAGCAAUCAA